UCUCAUCUCAUCACCCCUCUCUCUCUCUCUCUCUCAUCGAAAUGCCUCUCGGAAGAUCGUCGCGCAACAACAAGCGCUCUUCGUACACCUCCUACACGUCCACCGUCACGACCAUCGUCUUCGUCACGCUAUGCGUCGUCGGCGUCUGGAUGCUCACCUCCGAUUCCUUCGUCCCUCCUCAAACCACCAACAAACGAUCCUCCUCCUCCUCCUCCUCCUCCUCCGCUGCCACCACCACCACCACCACUGCUGCCACCAACGAUGAUUUCUCCUCCUCCUCCUCCGUCAAGGCCGAUGACAAGAAAGACACCCCUUCGUACGAGGACAAUCCUGGCGACCUCCCUGACGAUGCCAUCAAAUCUGAUGACUCUCAUCAAUCCGACAGCAACGACGGCAACAAUAGUAACCGCAACAAUAAUGCCAAUGACAACAAUGAUGGCGCGAAUGGGAGUUCUCAGGAGAAUCAAACUAACGAAACCGAUGCGGAGAAGGGUGCUAGUUCUACCGACGAUAAGCAGGGAUUGCGAGAUCAAGAAAACGGCGGCAACGACGUCAAAAACUACGAGGUGAAAUCAGAAAACAACAAUGACGACGCUGCGCAAGUGAGCACACAGGGUCUGCAUGGGAAAGAAUCCGGCGAGGCGCAUGAAAAGCAGAACGAGAACGAGAACCAAGUGUCUGAAGAGAGCACGAUGACACAGAACCAACAAAGUGAAGAGAACAACGAACAGAGGAGCGAUGAGCAGCAGCAGCAACAGAGCAAUGAAGAUACAAGUGGAAAUCAAGAGCAAGAACUGGCUGCAAGCUCUCAAAAUGGAAGCAACUCACAAGGAGGCGAGAAUAAAUAUACGGACGAGGAUCAACAACAACAACAACGACAGCAAAAACAAGAAAAUCAAGUCGAGAACAAUGACAUUUCGCAAGGGCAAUCGCGUGAAGGCAAUGAAAGCUCGCAAAGCAACGCGAACACAGAUCAAAAGCCACAGCAAGAGAACGAUGCCACAGCACAGGAGCCGCAAAAACCAAUGUUGGACGGGGAUCGCCAAAAGCGGAUAGAAGAGCAACAGCGACUUCGAGAGGAAGACGAGACAACAUCACAAUCGCAGCAGCAAUCUCAAGAAGAGGCCCAGAAACCGGAAGACACAACGAAUCGGAGGCGUGAGCGCGUGGAAGCGACGAGCCCAGCCCAGCAAGAACACGAUGAGAUGCAAGUCCAGAGCGACACACAUAAGGAUGCCCAACAAAACGAAGAAUCGCAUAAAACGGAUGGAUCAUUUCCGAGCGGGGAAAACUCGGGGAUCCCAAAGGAAUCGAAGGAGUCGAAGAGGUCGUGGUCGACGCAGGCGACACAGUCGGAGAAUCAGAAGGAGAGGAGGGGGCAGGGGGGGACAGGCGGCGACGAUAGCAUCUACGGUUACACAUGGCAGCUCUGCAAUGUGACGGCAGGUCCGGACUAUAUACCAUGUUUGGACAACGAGAAGGCGCUGAGGAAGCUGCACAGCACCAAGCACUUCGAGCAUCGGGAGAGGCAUUGCCCUGAGGACGCGCCAACGUGCCUGGUCCAAGUCCCUGAGGGAUAUAAGAGGUCCAUCGAGUGGCCCAAGAGCAGAGAGAAGAUAUGGUACUAUAAUGUGCCACACAAGACGCUCGCUGAUGUGAAGGGUCACCAGAAUUGGGUUAAGGUGACUGGUGAGUUUCUAACUUUUCCGGGCGGAGGCACACAGUUCAUACAUGGCGCGCUCCAUUACAUCGAUUUUCUUCAGAAUUCAGUACCCAAUAUCAAAUGGGGAAAGCACACACGAGUUGUACUAGAUGUUGGAUGCGGAGUUGCAAGCUUUGGGGGCUACCUUUUCGAGAGAGAUGUUCUAACAAUGUCAUUCGCUCCCAAAGAUGAACACGAGGCUCAGGUUCAGUUUGCCCUGGAAAGAGGAAUACCAGCGAUUUCUGCUGUUAUGGGGUCUCAGCGCCUGCCAUUCCCAAGCAGAGUCUUCGAUCUUGUGCACUGUGCACGGUGUCGAGUCCCUUGGCAUGCUGAAGGCGGGCUGCUCCUGCUGGAACUGAACCGUGUUCUUAGGCCGGGAGGUUUCUUUGUUUGGUCAGCUACUCCGGUGUACCAGACACUUGAAGAAGAUGUUCAAAUCUGGAAAGAAAUGUCUUCUUUGACAGCAAAUAUGUGUUGGGAGCUAGUGACCAUCCAGAAGGACAAGCUAAAUUCAAUUGGGGCGGCCAUCUACCGAAAACCGAGAUCAAAUGACUGUUACGAGCAAAGAAAGCAUAACAGCCCUCCAAUGUGUAAAAAUGAUGAUGAUCCAAAUGCUGCCUGGUAUGUCCCCCUUCAGGCAUGCAUGCACCGGAUCCCAGUUAAUGAGGCCGAGAGAGGGAGCCGAUGGCCGGUGGUCUGGCCACGCAGAAUGCGGAUGCCACCUUACUGGCUGAACAGCUCCCAGAUUGGGAUCUAUGGGAAACCAGCCCCACAAGAUUUCUCUGCAGAUUACGAACACUGGAAACGAGUAGUGAGUGGCAUGUACAUGUCGGGGCUUGGAAUUAGUUGGUCUGGCGUGAGAAACGUUAUGGACAUGAGAGCUGUCUAUGGCGGAUUUGCUGCUGCACUGAAGGAUCUCCAAAUGUGGGUGCUGAACGUGGUAAAUGUUGACUCACCAGAUACGCUUCCCAUAAUAUACGAGAGAGGACUUUUCGGAAUAUAUCAUGAUUGGUGCGAGUCAUUCAGCACGUACCCCAGAACCUAUGACCUGUUGCAUGCAGAUCAUCUCUUCUCCAAGCUUAGGAAGAGGUGCAAGCUUGCCCCGGUAAUGGCAGAAGUCGAUCGAAUCGUGAGACCUGGAGGUAAAAUAAUAGUCCGCGAUGAGUCCAACGCAAUAGGGGAGGUCGAGAACUUACUUAAAUCACUGCACUGGGAGGUCCACUUAACAUUCUCCAAAGAUCAAGAAGGGAUUCUCAGUGCGCAGAAAGGUGAUUGGCGGCCAAGCAUAUACACAGCUACUUCCUGAUUAUUAAGGUAAGUGCCCUUGGUUUUGUGUUUCAAGCAGCAAUAGGUACACCUUUUUAACUAUUCGCGCGUGCAGUAGACUUCAUAGGCGGGUGCUAUGUAACAGCGUAUAUUCAUUAAUUUUCAAAUGGAUGAAUGUAAAAUUUUGGAUGGAUUGCAAUCCAAGAGUCGCCAUUCGCGGGUUUAUUCGGCCAA